AUGGCAGUCCCACUUACUUCUCGUCCAUUAGAUCUCGUCUACUUGGUAUAUUUUAUGACGCAUAUCCCAAUUACCAUUUUAAUCGACACAUAUCCUAUACUUCCAAAACAACUUGUGCCAGAUUCGAUUACAAGGAUUAACCAAUGGUACAAAGAUUUCACGGCAGACCCAAAUUACAACUUUGAGCCAAUGUGGUUUAUGAGUUUUUUGAUUAUCGAGUUGUUUUUGCAUUUACCGUUCUUCUUUUAUGCUAUUAACGGAUUAGUAAAAGAUAGCCCAUCACUUCGUCUUCCUUUGUUGAUAUACGCGACUGAAACUGCCACAUCAACUUUUGCCGUUCUUGCUUCCUUGAUUUUCGAACAUCAUGCAGCACUUACCGACGAGAAGAAAUACUUUCUCAUUUCUGUCCAUCUACCGUAUCUAUUUUUGCCAUUAGUCU